GCAAGGGGCGCACCUGACGUGCGGCGGCGUUUCCGGGAAGAUGGCGGCGGUGGAAGCGUCUACAGAGUUGGGAACUGUGGUGACCGCCGUCGGGCCUAAGGCGAAGGACGAAGAAGAAGAGGAGGAGGAGGAGUCGCUGCCACCAUGCGAGACUGUGCGCUGGGCUCCCGUGGGGGCAGUGGCCGAAGCUGGUCCUGGGACGACGACGUUCUCGGAGGAGGCGGCAGCCGAAGAGCCUGGAGCGGCUCCGAGCUCUCCUCCGGACGCGACUGUCCGCACGCUGAGGCGGCUGCAAGCCGAGCGGCGGCAGCUGGAUUCGGCCCUGCUCGCGUUGUCCUCGCACUUCGCGCAGGUGCAGUUCCGCCUGCGCCAGGUAGUGCGCGGGGCGCCGGCGGAGCAGCAGCGUCUCCUGCGGGAGCUCGAAGACUUUGCCUUCCGCGGCUGUCCUCACGUCCUAGGUUACGAGGGACUGGAAGACCCUUGUGACGGUGACGAAAGCGAUGUGCUGCCGGGGGACCGGCCACGGGUGCGGGGCGAGGACCAGAGUGAACAGGAAAAACGGGAACGUCUGGAAACCCAGAGGGAGAAGCAGAAAGAAUUGAUUCUGCAGCUCAAGACCCAGCUUGAUGACCUGGAAACAUUUGCUUAUCAGGAGGGUAGUUAUGACUCCUUGCCACAGUCCGUGGUCUUGGAAAGACAGCGGGUGAUCAUUGAUGAGUUAAUAAAGAAACUGGACAUGAAUCUGAAUGAGGACAUCAGUUCCCUGUCCACUGAGGAGCUGCGUCAACGUGUGGACGCAGCAGUGGCUCAGAUUGUCAACCCAGCUCGGGUGAAAGAACAGUUGGUCGAGCAGCUGAAAACCCAGAUCCGGGACCUUGAGAUGUUCAUCAGCUUCAUCCAAGAUGAAGUGGGAAGCCCCUUACAGACAGGUGGACACUGUGAGUGCAAAGCCAGUGGGAAGGCAGGAGUCGGCCCCACCAGGGCGGGCACACUGCCCCCAGGACCCAGCAAAGCAAAGGCAGAAGACACCAAGAGAGCCCGGGAGACAGGGCUGCACCUGAUGCGGCGAGCGCUGGCUGUGCUCCAGAUCUUCGCCGUCAGCCAGUUGGGCUGUGCUACAGGCCAGAUCCCUCAAACCUUGUGGCAAAGGGGCCAGGCAGACAGAGACUACUCUCCCUUACUGAAAAGACUGGAAGUAUCAGUAGACAGAGUAAAGCAGCUAGCCUUGAGACAUCAGCCACAUGACCAUGUCAUCACUUCGGCCAACCUCCAGGACCUCUCUCUGGGAGGCAAGGAUGAGCUGACCAUGGCUGUGCGGAAGGAGCUGACAGUGGCUGUGAGAGACCUGCUGGCCCAUGGACUAUAUGCCUCCUCCUCUGGGAUGAGCCUUGUCAUGGCCCCCAUUGCUUGUUUGUUGCCAGCUUUCUCCUCAGCCCCUGAGGCCAUGCACCCCUGGGAGCUCUUUGUAAAAUACUAUCAUGCCAAAAAUGGCCGUGCAUAUGUGGAAUCCCCAGCCCGGAAGCUCUCACAGUCCUUCGCUCUGCCUCUAAUGGGUGAUACUGCUGUGACCCCCAAACAGAGCCUCCUGACAGCCAUCCACCUGGUGCUGACAGAGCAUGACCCUUUCAAGCGCAGCGCUGACUCAGAACUGAAGGCGUUGGUGUGCAUGGCACUGAAUGAGCAGCGCUUGGUGUCCUGGGUAAACCUCAUCUGCAAGUCAGGGUCCCUCAUCGAGCCCCAUUACCAGCCCUGGAGCUACAUGGCUCACACAGGCUUUGAGAGUGCCCUCAACCUGCUCAGCCGCCUCAGCAGCCUCAAAUUCAGCCUUCCUGUAGACUUGGCCGUUCGACAGCUCAAGAACAUCAAAGAUGCCUUUUGAUGAGAAUGCCUCGCCUUAGUUCCCAUGCACCUUUCUCUAAAGAGGUAGAUGUCCUAGAAUUGUAGAUUAAAAGCCAGGGAGUUGGAGGAAGGGCUAGACAUAGUUUUUUAGACCCUUUUCAGGUGGUCAGCUAAUGGAGGCAAAGCCUGUCUUUCUCUUAGCAUUUUAGAAAGAUGUGCCAGAGACUCCCAUCAGAGAUAGUGUUGGGGCCUGAGAGAUGGUUGGCCAGUAAAGAUGCUUGCUAUCACACCUGGCAAUCUGAGUGAUACAAGGAGAAAACAGAGCUUCCACUAACUGUCCUCUUACCUCCACACAUGAACUGUGGCACAUGUGAAUCCCUGCUCAAACACAAGUAAAUGUAACAAUAAAAUCUAAAACUAAACAGUAUCAGGACCAGGGAGGGUUGUAGCUCAGUGGUGUGGUCCAUGCAAAGCAUGCACAGCCAGAGCUGAGGAUGUUAAAGUAAACAGAAGAAGCUGGCCCUAGCCCGCCACAGCGUACCUGGCCCACUGCUGGAGCCUGUGGUAACAAAACCAGUUACCACACAGCUAAUGCCCAACUCACCAUCUGAUUUUUAGAAAAUGCAGGUUGUGCCCACCCUUCUCUUCAUGGCAGCCCUGCUGUAUGAGGGAGUUCUGAAAGACACUGAACUUGAGGCUCCUGCUAGUCAAGCUGGAACAGUCUUCCUUUAUCAGAAGCAGCUCUGAGAGCCCUAGGGCCAGAACUGUAAUUGUAGUCACGAAUUCUGAUUCCCCUUUGUUCUGAGGGAGUUUUCAGAUGAGUGUAAGAUGAGAAUGGAAGUCUCCCUGCUGAGGUAGUCCUCACACUCAGUCAGCACUCCUCUAGUUAUAAAGAAUGACAGCUGAGGCCCUGUACUGUUUCCAGACGUCACUUUCUUCUGUGGGCUUGUCAGGACUGACACAGUCUUCAGAAGAAUCCCUGUCAGUCAAGAGCACACAGCACCCUGGGGUGUGACUCAUUGGCACCACUUGUCCUGGAGAUUGACUGACAGGAGGUUUGGUCUUGCAGUGUGCACAGUGGCAAGGCCAGCAUGACUUUGAAGGUGACUUCCUUAUUGGUCAGUUUGCAGAGGGCACUUGCUCCAGGGCUCACUGAAGAUGGGUGAACCAAACUGCCACCUGUAGUUUGUUCCCGUGACGUGCACUUUACCUUGUUUGAGCAACCUGUCACUUCAGAUGCAUCAUCGACACUUAGUGUUUCCCAAAAGCAGUGACUGGGCUUGGAAUGCAGCUCAGUGGUGGAGUGCUUGCCUGGUGAUCCUUAGCACCAACCCUGGAGAAAAAAGAUAAUUGUAAAAUAUCAUGAAUUAUAUCUCUGAUUGCUAAUAAAGUUUCAGUAUUUUGUGUAGCUUCUCUGCAAAGCCCAUA